GUCGACGCUGUUGUGCAAAGCACUGAUAAGAAUUUCCUCGUCCCUAUAGGAGGAUCUAUUGUCAUUGGUCAGAGUGAUUUGGUAUCAGACGUUGGUGGCGGGUAUCCCGGCCGAGCUAGUAUGUCUCCAAUUCUAGAUUUGUUUAUCACGUUGAUGAGUCUGGGGAAAUCUGGUUGGCUUUCGAUGUUGAGGAAGAGAAGGGAAAUGUUCAAGGAUUUCAAAAUGAAGCUCCAACGAUGGACGCUCGAAAGAGGCCUCAGAGUUUUGGAGGUUCCAUGGAAUAGGAUAUCACUAGCGAUCGAUCUCUCAUCGCUGGACCUGAAUUCGGGAACUGCAGCUACCGAACUCGGGAGCGCGCUGUUCACGCGUCGUGUCAGCGGCCCUCGGGUUGUUGUGUGUGAGGAUGGGCCCAGCAAGGAAAUUGGCGGCAUGAUGUUCAGCAACUACGGCAGUCAUAGCGAACAUUAUUUUGCGGCUUCAAGUUAUAUGACCUGCGCGUGCGCCAUCGGAUGUGAGCAAGAAGAGCUAGACGAGUUUCUGGUUCGAUUCGACCACGUCUUGAAGGAUCUGGAGAAGAAGAAAGAGAAGCGGAGCUCGGAAAAACAGCGUCGAUCCUAA